CAAAAAUGAUAGGUUUAGAAAGUGAUUUGAGAAGAAUCUUAACAGUGACAUUAAAAGCCCGUCAUGAUGACCUUACUGAUCAAUUAAACCGUUUAAUAAUGGUGAAGCUUUUCUUAGUUUGUUGUUUAAUAAUGGGAAUAAGUUGGUUUACAGACUCUAUAAACUGUAUUGUACCAGCUAUAAACACUGUUGAAACGGCGUUUGUUUCCCAAGCAUGUUGGAUUCAAGGUUUUUAUGUAUUUAAGCCUUUAAUGACACGUUUUGAUGUUGCAUUUUUUGGUAUACCGAGAGACAUUGAUAGCAAUGGAUUGCUUGCAUCGGGAGAGUUGUGUACAGUCCAACCAAGUUUUGGAAUAGCAAGCGACAAAUGCAUACCAAUGGAAAAGAUUUUUUAUCUUCAAUAUCAGUGGAUGCCUUUUCUAAUAGGCUCGCUUUCUGCUGUGUACUACAUACCUUAUGUAUUUUUUUUACAAGCAAACAGUGACAUGAUUUCUUUAAAAGCUGCGGUGAUGGGAAAAGAAAAGCCGAGCAAAAUUGUCUCCAUGUUUUUUGGUUGCAAAUCACAAAGGUUUCUUAAAUUGAGAGUUGUAUCUUCUAUCUUUGUGAAAAGUUUAUAUCUUAUCGUGAACAUAGGAACUUUCGUGUUUUUAAAUUUUUUACUAAAUGGGGAGUAUUAUAAAUAUGGCGUUAGGUGGGCGAAUUGGUCUAAACAGAGCAACACAGAUGCUUUUGAUUAUAUGGGUAAAAAGACAAAUCCCAGACCUGGAAGCCAGCUACUUCCACCAUUUGGUUAUUGUGAACUGUUUGAGUCAUCAAAAGAUAUCAAAUAUACUGUAGCAAACAGGCAUAAGUUCGUUUGCGAGCUAUCUCAGCAUGUUUUGUACCAGUAUUGUCUUUUAGUUCUUUGGUUUUUUAUUAUUGGUGGCAUUAUUAUAUCAUCUCUGGGAAUAUUUUUUCAUGUUUAUCAAUACGUGCAUUUAAUUUGUGCAAGAUACAGUUAUAAAGGUCACAAAAAUAUGUUUUUGAAGACUUUGACACUGAGAGAACUUCUUUAUCUUGACUUAAUCAAAACAAAAAAUAACAAACUUUACGAAGAAGUUAUAGAGAACUUAGAGCUGCAAAGUUCAGUGAAAAUGCGGAAUGGACGUAAUCAUCAUACAUCUGUUACAGAAAUAGAUUUAUUAACAAAGUAAAGGUUAUUUGCCAUUGGAUGACUUUUUUAUUAUGGCAGUUUUAUUUUGUUGACUGAAAAAAGAACUUUGUUUGACUUCGAAGAGCUUCGAACUUACGUUCGAUUGAGCAAAAAUAACCAUUUAAUAUUCAGAUUUUUUGGAACCUUUUAUAUACACUUAUAUUUGAAUUCUUUUUCUUUUAUUUAAUCAAAUAUAUGUUUAUAAGAAAAA